AAAGGGGGCUGGACUUCCUCCAGGACUUCCUCCCGGACUCUCCCGGACCCUCAGACCUGCUGCUGGGCGGCAGAUCAGAUCGUCUCUGGAGGUCCUGACGGCCCGCCAUGAUCCUCUACCUGCUGGUCCCCGCGCUCGUCCUCGGUGAUGUGGAGAUAGGAAACACCACAGAAGAAGAAGGAGCGGGUCGAUGGGGGAUGAAUCUCACCUUCAGUCCGUCCUCCAGCAACCACAGCUGGAGUCAACCGAAGAACGUGACUUGGAGUCUCCAGGAAGACCGGAGGACUGGAGCUGACGGAGAGCUGCGGGGCAACAUGACCUCUGGAGUGGUGACAGAAGACCAAGAGAGUUUCCAGGAUGAGGAGAACCUGAUCUCGGGCCAGCAUUGCCACCGGGACCUGCUGCUGGAGCACAGCAGCUUGCUCUGCGGAGGAGGGUUCCACGCGGAGAUGCUGGAGCUGAGCCCCGACGACUGGUGCGUCCUGGAAAACGUCAUCAGACCGUACAGCGAUCUGACCCUGUGCUUGGAGAACCUGUCCCAUGUCGUCGGCUGCUUCUUCCCGAACUCGGACACGCAGGACUUCUUCCUCCACAUCCACUCCAUGUACUUCCAGAACUGCCAGCAGGUGGAGGAGCAGCUGCUGGCGGACGCUCCCCACGGCGUGGUGGUCGCCCUGACGCUGGUCCCCGUCAGCCUCAUCCCCAUCCUGGUCUACGUCGUGGUCUGGAAGAGUAAAGCUGCAACCUGAACACGCUCAGCGAAUGAACGUAACGUCAUGGAGGGAUUAGUGGAGUCCUGAACAGAACGUAAACUCCAACAAACUCGUCAGAGAGGAAGAAAAACCCCAAAACACACAACACUAAACAGAAAGACAGAAAAAUGUCAAGUGAAACAUUCAUAGAAAGAUACCGAAUUUUCACAAAAACAGACUAAAUCCAGAAAAUAUAAAAAUAUACUCACAAAUUGGAUUUGGACACGAGUCACAGAACAAACACAUGAAAGAAAGAGACAAAACAAGAACGUUCACAGAUUAAUAUAUAAUAAAUCAUACCUCAAAGUGACACAAAAACACCAGUCACUAAAUAUCAAGGUGUUGACAACAGGAACCGUGUGGUGUGAAAUAAAAAGCCAGGAAAUAACAUUCAAACCUCACUCAAAGAGACAUUCAUACAGUUAGCUGAAAAUUAGUGGUAAAUCACCAAAAAUAACUUAAAACCCCCUCAAAGUCGCACAGAAUCACUGUAAACCCACAAAAACAUCAGAUGCAACGUGAUGAUUUGAUACUGCAGGAAUUCCUGUUUCCACUAGAGGACUCAUACUUUAUCCUCUGCCCCCAGUAGGAGCAGUUUAUCCAUUUUAACCCCCCAACAACAUUCUCUGAAUGAAAAGACAUUUUCUUAAUAAGAAGUCUUUCAUUUCUUUUUAUUUUCAUCAAUUGUUUUUAUUUUCAAGCAAUAAAACUCACAUGUCCAACGCGGCAAGUUUCAGCUUAAAGGAUGUCGGUUGUCAGUUUCUUGGACGACUUCUUGUAUUUCAUACAGUCACAAUGAACCAGACCCAGUUAUUACAAAGCGCUUGCACCGUAUUUCUUGUUUUUUAUUUGAAAACCUGCAGUCUGUCUCAUAACGGCUCACGAUCAUCAGCUUGAAGAAGCUCACAGUGUUCACUGCUGAUCUUCAGAAAUCAGGUGCAGAAAUUACAUUUUCUCUACGGUCGACGAUGUGCUGAUCCUUGUUUUUUUAAUGUUGUUUUAAUAAACGAAGCUGUAAAAUAUC